CGAUCGAGGACAUUGGGCAUUUGACUUCGUAUUCCUUGUUAAAGCAGACUCUCCCUACGAUGCGCUCACAAAUCUUGUUGUCGCCGAUACUCCUUGUGCUUCUUGCUCUUGUCGGCCAUGUAUACGCGCGCCGUGUCAUCCCAAGUUUCGGUGACAUAACGUUGAAGAUCACUGGGGCAGAUGGCUCAGACAUUCGUUCAGAAACUUUAACUUCCCCGCCCCGAAUUUCCAAACCUCUCACCCUCGGUUCAGGCAGCAAGCUGACCCUGAACGUGCCUGUUAAAGAUGACAAAGGCAAGGCUUUGUCCUUGCAGCAUCUGUUCCUAGGAGCCAGGAACGAUAAAACGAGAGAUGAGAAGACGUUGGUGUGCGCAUCGAAGGGGACAGGUGUCUUUACGUGCGAGCUGGAUCAGUCAACCCUCGACAAACUUCACCCAGGCCCGCACACUCUGACGUUAUACGCAGGCUCUGUAGACACGGAGCCUCUUGCUCAUAAACUUGGUACCGCGGAGUUCUCAAUCGCCGGACCGUCAACAAAAGGGUCGAGUGACUGGGAUGUUUUCCAACCACUUCCAGAGAUAACGCACAAAUUCCGUCCGGCUGACAAAAUGCCGAAUAAGAUCUUGUCCUUAACGUUUAGUGGACUUGUGUUGGCCCCAUGGCUGUUACUCCUUGGAUCGUAUAUCGUAUUGGGUGCGAACUUUACAAACUUGUUCAGCAGUUCGGUUUCAUUUAUUUCCGGGUCGGCCUUUAUGGGGAGCCUGUCGCUCUGCGUAUUGUUAUAUUAUGUCUAUUGGGUAAAGCUGAAUCUUUUCCAAUUGCUGGGUUACGGAAGCCUCCUGGGACUCAUUACGGCCAUUUUGGGACGACAAGCUUUGGUGGCGAGGGCUGCAAUGCGAUCAGCUGGAGUGCCUCGAUCUGUAAAAACCGAAUAAUAUUGUAAUCACAAAAGUGUUCGAAUUUGGAUAUACAUUCAUUUAACCAGAAAAAAAGAACUAUUGCUACAAAUAACUGUACAUGGUGUAAUCGAUCAUCUACAAACUAAUAUAGAGUCUUAUUGGACUCGUAAAUCG